UUAAAUUGUAAUACUAGGGCUCCGUAUCCUCACUAUUGGAUGCAGACUGCCUAUAUAGUGAGACUCAACUAUUCAUGAAACACUUGUACUUUUUCAGUAACAAGACUUCAAGGAAACACAUGAAGGUGACAAGGAAAGUUUGCGAUUCAGCUUUACAUUUUAGUCAGUGACCUCUUGCUCUCACAAAACAUUAGCAGUCAAAUCUAAAUGGGAGGGAAAGUCAAAUCCAAGAUAUAUAUCAAAUAAGACAGAAAAUGGAAAUAAAAUAUAAAAUGUGAUGAGAAGGAAGCACCCAUAGUAUUUUGGACUAUGGUAUAGAUAAAGCAAUCUUGACUUUUCUUAAGUCUCCCCUAUAAUGACCAAAAAUGCACAGUUGUAGAACCUAGGAAUCUGAGGAUAUUUGUAAAGAUAGUUUUUAAAUGCAACUGAGUUCAUAUUUUUUGCUUCAUUGAUAACCACUCUAUGUAUAUCAAAUGUCUCUGAAUCAUAAAUGCAGACUGAGCAGGAGGCAGGACUCAGUGAUGAGAAACCACACAGUAACAACUUUUAUCCUGCUGGGACUCACAGAUGAGCCACAGCUGAAGACUCUGGUUUUCAUCUUCCUGUUUCUCACCUACAUGCUGAGCGUCACUGGGAACCUGACCAUCAUCUCCCUCACCUCCACAGACUCUCACCUCAAAACUGCCAUGUACUUUUUCCUACAAAACUUCUCCUUCUUGGAAAUCGCAUUUACAUCUGCUUGUAUUCCCCAAUACUUGUACAACAUAGCAACAGGUGAUAAGACCAUCACAUACAACAGUUGUGCUACGCAACUAUUUUUUACUGAUCUCUUUGCUGUAACUGAGUUUUUCCUCCUGGCCGCCAUGUCCUAUGACCGCUACGUGGCCAUCUGCAAACCCCUGCAUUACGUGACCAUCGUGAACCACACGGUCUGUAGGAAACUCAUCAUUGGUUCCUGGCUGGCUGGCUUGUUGAUCAUCAUCACCCCACUCAGCCUGGGCCUAAAGCUGGAAUUCUGUGACUCCAACGUCAUUGACUAUUUUUUUUGUGAUUUAGCCCCCCUCCUAAAGAUCUCAUGCUCAGAAACGUGGCUCAUAGAGGAAACGGUCACAGUCUGUGCUGUGUUGACCUUUAUCAUGACACUCGUGUGUGUGGUUCUAUCCUACGUACACAUCCUCAAGACCAUUUUGCAAUUCCCUUCUGCCCAGCAAAGGAAAAAGGCAUUUUCUACAUGUUCUUCCCACAUGAUCGUGGUCUCCAUCAGCUAUGGAAGCUGUAUCUUCAUCUAUGUUAAACCUUCACCAAAGGACUCACUGGCUGUUAAUAAGGGAGUGACAAUUCUCACUACUUCCAUUGCUCCCAUGCUGAAUCCUUUCAUUUACACCUUGAGAAACAAGCAAGUGAAACAAGCUUUCAAUGAUGCAAUCAAAAGAAUUGCAUUAUUCAAAAAGGACUAAUGGAAUUCACUCAUUAGAAUGAUCAGUUUUUCAUAAAAAGAUCAUUAGUUCCUCAGUGUGUGCCUUUGAGUUUUCAAAUCAUUUCCAUCCUAGGAUGGAAAUUGUCUCAGUUUCCUCUCUUAAAAAGAAGAGAAAAUACAUUUCUAAGAAACAAAAGAAUGAACUUACACCUUAGCAAGCCUUGACAAAACUGCUAAAAACAAAAGAAACAAAAGCCACAAGUUCAUUGUAUAUUUCAAAGAGGAUAAUUGUGCUGAUUGCCUUUUUCUUUUCCAGAUUUUAAGACUUUUUGGAUGCCAAGCAGAAAAAAAAAAAAAACUGGUAC